AUGGCGAUUUUCUCUCCUCUUACUGGGAGUCUCAAAAGACAACAUUCCUGUUCGCAACUCCCUAACGUUCAUCAACCAUCACCUCAGAAAGGUAUGCCGUUGUACAUUGACAAGGGGAGUGAUGCAAUGAACUGGCAGAGCCUACAGGCCCCAGCCAGCAUGAAUCAGGUCAUCAGUCAACUAAAUCACGACUUGAGAGCGGACUGGGGGCGGGACCUCUCGUCAUGCAUCCGUAAGAUGAGCGCAGAACAUCAGCAAUGUCAACAAGCCACUUCGGACAACAUCAAGGAGACUGUUCGGACCGCGAUGGAGGAGUGGUUUACGAAGAACCAGCCGAAGUCUCAAUUGCAAAAGAAGUAUAACGCACUUGAGUCAACUCAGAGUCUCACGACUCACUCGCGAUUAAUGACUCCUGACUCUGAUGAUAGUGCGCAAGUCGAACAGCUGACCCGGAAACUGGAGAUGGCCGACGUGGAGCUGGCAGGUUUAAAAAACCAACUGAAAGCAACCCAACUACGAGCAGACCAGCUCCGCAGUAUGAUAAUCCCCGAUAACGAGGACUUUGUGCUUGAUAGCGAGAUAGAGGGCUUGUUCUCUGAAGUUCGCGCGACGACGCAAUACGUUGCUCGCAGACUCUAUACUAAUCCCGACACACACGAGAAGCCCACGGCUAAUGCUAGCAAAGCAUUUUUCAAGGAGAUCGAGGGUUUCGAUCCAGAGCGUAGACAAGAUGCCAUUCAUACCCAUCUUUUCCUUCUCAUCCGACGACAAUUCUUUCCGAACAAGCUUAGAGAAUCCAACAUCGGAAAAUAUUUCCCAACUCUUUACGCGAAACUCGUAAGAGCAGAACUACAGUUGACGGAAGCUAGCAGGGACAAUUGGACUGACGGAACUGGGAAGAAGGAAUUGGCAAACUGGAGCCGUGCCAGCUUCGAUUGCAUUGAUCUUUUGGAAGAUGAAUCUGAUGAGCCAGACUCGUACGCAAUUUAUCUUGAGCAAUUCUUCAAGCCAGCCGAGACAGAUAACAUACGGGCAAAGACAAGGGGGAGAAAGAAGCUCAGAGAGCUCUGCGAAAAGGCCGAGGAGCUUGGUAUCCUGAUGCGACGGGCUGCAGAUACAUUCCAGGUUUUCAUCGUCAAGGAUGACGUGCCUCUGGCUGACUAUGAGGACGUGGCUCAAGAAUUGAGAUGUAAUUUAGGAAGAGGUUCUGUGGGGACGAAGGAGAUUGACGCUUGUUUAUUUGGCGGCUUGAGCAAGAUAUCGAGCGAGUAUCCUACUGAAACGAUCGUGCUGGAGAAGGCGAUGGUGUCAACGCGAUUUGGAAGAUCAACAUGA